AUGAAGACGUCGCUGGCUGAAACGCCGUUCCACAUCCCCCUCGCCGCGCAAAAUCAAAUGAGCGACCAUUUUGUCGAGCCCAUCCUUGCCGACACCCCAGUCCCCACGGAGCUUACGCUUCGGACCGACUCGAAGCCGACGGCGCGGAUCGAGCUGCGCGUGUUGGUCGACCGGGGCGCCAUCCUGGGGCUGGACCGGCCGGCUGGCACCGUCUCGGGGCAGCACAAAGAUCUGGCGCAUCGGCUCGAGACGGCGCGCGACGAGCUCGUCGCGUUCAAGCACGUCGCCACGUCCAUCAAGGGCAAGUUCUCCAACCCGCCCAAGGCCGCCCAGUUCAAGGCCUGGGACUCGCAGCUUGCCGAGCUCAUCAAUGUCCUGCCUGAAGUGACGCGCUGGGACGUCCAGGUCGCGCGCGACGCCGAUCUCCUCCGCCGCACGCCAGCAAGCUACAUCGAGUUUGCCAACUACCACAACGCGCUGGUCAAGGUAGUGAGAAGGGACGCCUAUGUGUCAGUGUUCGUUGCAAGGUUUGAAGCAUGGAUCAAGAGCGUCGAUCAUGCAGUCAAGGCUCUCAGUAGCAAGACGAUCGCUGCAAAGGCCGAAGAGGCGCUCAGGACCGUGCUUGCGCUCAGGGCCCUCGUCGGCCAGCUCUGGCCCUUCAGCGGCAAGCUCAAGGUCGAGGUGGACACGAGCGACCACGAGAAUUAG